AUGACGGAUACGACAGCAAGCACUACUUCUAAUCAAGAAGAAAAAGUUAAUAAUGAACGAGAAUUAUCGAUUGAUAAUGGCAAUCCAAAGAGUCCAUUAGAAUUUUCAUGGACAUUUUGGUAUCUUAAACCUGACAAACGUAUUGUUUGGGAGAAAUCUUUAAUAAAAUUAAUCGAUGUUGCAUUUGUGGAAGACUUCUGGGCAACAUACAAUCAUUUAGCAUUGCCAUCACGUCUUGCAACUGCCAAAAUUAAUUCAGAUUAUUAUUUUUUCAGGACAGGAAUUCGUCCAAUGUGGGAGGAUCCAGCAAAUGCUAAUGGUGGUCGUUGGCUAUUAACAUUAGGAAAUUUCGACGUUAAACUUGAUGAUUUAUGGCAAGAAACAUUACUUGGCAUGAUUGGUGAUUGCUUUUCAAAUGAUGCAGAUCAGCGGCCACUCAGCCGUUUUAUAACUGGUUGUGUAGUGUCAAUUCGUGUACGUGGCCAUAAAAUCGGUCUCUGGCUAUCGGAAGCCCAAGAUGGAACAAUUGUUCGUGAAAUCGGACGUCGAUGGAAAACUAUGAUGAAUUUACCAUCAAAUAUGCGUAUUCAAUUCGAGACACAUAACGAGAGUGGUAGUGGGCCACAAAAACCUAUGUAUGAAGAAUAG